CCUCCUCUAGUUAUCUUACAUGUUUGUCCAUUAUUAACAAAGACAAAAAGUUGAAAAAUCAACCUAUCUUCACCUUUCUGCCCAUCCCAAAUUACCGAUAAUAAAGGGAGUUGGCUCACUUUACAAGGAACACUCUUCUAUUUCUAAUCCAUUUCUUUACCCUCUCUUCAACCUUCACGACUCAUCAACCAUGGCCUCUUCUCACCUUUUUUCCUCUACCCUGUUGUUGCUUCUUGUAGUCGUCUCUGCCCAGGCUUUUGUAGAGAGAACAGUUCACCAGCUCAAGCUUAACUCUCACAUUCUUCAGGAUUCGAUCAUCAAGCAAGUAAAUGAAAAUCCCAAGGCAGGAUGGGAAGCUGCUAGAAAUCCUAGAUUUUCCAAUUUUACCGUUGGUGAGUUUAAGUACCUUCUUGGAGCCAAACCAACACCCAAAAAGGAACUUUUGAGUAUUCCUGUCGUAGCUCAUUGCAAAUCGUUAAAAUUGCCAAAGACCUUCGAUGCAAGAACCACAUGGUCACAAUGUAGCAGCAUUGGAAGAAUCCUAGAUCAGGGUCAUUGUGGCUCUUGUUGGGCUUUUGGUGCUGUUGAAUCACUAUCUGAUCGCUUUUGCAUCCAUUUUGGCAUGAACAUAUCUCUAUCAGUCAAUGAUCUUCUAGCGUGCUGUGGCUUUUUGUGUGGAGGUGGUUGUAAUGGGGGCUAUCCAAUUUAUGCUUGGCGAUACUUGGUCCACCGUGGCGUUGUCACUGAAGAGUGUGAUCCAUACUUUGAUGAUAUUGGCUGUUCACACCCUGGUUGUGAGCCUGCAUAUCCUACGCCAAAGUGUGUGAAGAAGUGUGUCAAUAAGAACCAGCUCUGGAACGACUCAAAGCGCUACAGUGUUAGUGCAUAUAGAAUCAGCUCUAAUCCACAUGAUAUCAUGGCAGAAAUUUAUAAGAAUGGACCUGUUGAGGUUUCCUUCACAGUUUAUGAGGAUUUUGCUCAUUACAAGUCUGGUGUUUACAAACACAUAACUGGUGAUGUUAUGGGAGGUCAUGCAGUUAAGCUAAUUGGGUGGGGAACUAGUGAUGAUGGAGAGGAUUACUGGCUUCUUGCCAAUCAGUGGAAUAGAGGCUGGGGCGAUGAUGGUUACUUCAAGAUCAAGAGAGGAACAAAUGAGUGUGGCAUUGAAGAGGAUGUGGUUGCUGGUCUGCCGUCAUCGAAAAAUCUUGUGAGAGAGGUUGUCAGCAUGGAGGACACUCUUGAGGAUGCUGCAGUUUGAUCGCAGAUUGUUGUAUCAUCAAAUCCCCUAAUUCAUACAUCAGAACUGUCUGUCUAAGCAUGAAUUAGCUGCAUCUAUGCCUUACUUAAAUAUGCAAAUCACAGUUAAAUGAUUCUGUAUUUUAAAAUGGAAACGAUUGUAAUAUUUAUAGUUUAUUAUCAACUUGCUAUAAGUCAAUGUGCUUCAUUUGAUGUUUUCUCUAA